AUGGUCCAUAAUUCAAAUGACCAUACGAAUGCAUCAAAUUCAUUAUGGAAUAAUUUUCAAGCUAAAACAUCUUUACCAUUUUCAUUUAUACUUUAUUUUGCUCAUGGUCUUGUAUUUCUUAUUGGUUUAAUUGCAAAUAUAUUUGUAAUCGUUGUUAUUAUAAAAUGUCGACGAAUGCGUACUUUAACAAAUCGUUUUUUACUUAAUCUUGCUAUAUCCGAUUUAUUAGCAACAUUAAUUUGUUUACCACCAACUGCUUAUCAUCAUUAUGAUAAACGAUGGAUAUUUGGAGAGUUUCUUUGCCGAUUUGUUCCAUUUAUUCAAGGUACAUCUGUGGCUGUUUCAAUUUUUACAUUAAUGGCUGUUAGUGUUGAUCGUUUUAUUGCUAUACAUAAACCAAUUCAUUCGAAAUUACUUUGUACAUCACCUAGAAUCAUUAUAAUAAUUGGGAUAAUAUGGAUUUUUUCUUUUCUUUUGAUGAUUCCACUAAUAGUACAUCAUCGAAUAAUUGAUCCAUUCGAUAUAACAUUAACAGCAUGUGCUGAAACAUGGCAACAAAAUAUGA